AUGGAGCAGAAUCGACUGAAUUACGAUCGCCCUCAUCAAAUUGAACUCGGAGUCGGCAGCUAUAAAGGCCUCUUCGACUAUGUGUUAGGUGGCAACGAUAUGACGGGUCCACCAGGUGUCAGGCGUGUUAUACUGCCUUCUUCGUUCCCAGCAUCACCCCGUGCAAUGGUACAAAGCUAUCAAGAUGCUAUGGCCAUUGUGUCGGAGUACGGGAAACCGGACCUAUUCAUCACGUUCACAUGA